CCUUCAUACCCGUGCUUGGAGAGAGCAGACGGAUCUUUUUCAGGGCUGUGCUUCUCUUUUCUUUUCACCGGUCCUGGCCUCUGCACUACAAAGCACUUUGCUACAGAGGCAGACAUGGGUACCAAGGGGUAUGGAUAUUACCGCACCAGCAUUUUCCUGGCGAUGUUUGUGGGAUACACACUCUACUACUUCAACAGAAAAACAUUCUCCUUUGUGAUGCCCUCUGUGAUGCAGGAGAUCGAACUAGACAAAGAUGAUCUGGGCCUGAUCACCAGCAGUCAAUCCCUGGCAUAUGCCAUCAGCAAAUUCAUCAGUGGCGUGCUGUCGGACCAGAUCAGUGCCCGCUGGCUCUUCUCCAUCGGCCUCUUCGUAGUGGGUGCCAUCAAUGUGGCAUUCUCCUGGUCCUCCACGGUCGUAGUCUUCGCCGGCCUCUGGUUCCUGAACGGUCUGGGUCAGGGUCUGGGGUGGCCUCCUUGUGGGAAAGUGCUACGCAAGUGGUUUGAGCCGUCUCAGUUUGGGACAUGGUGGGCGGUGCUGUCCUGCAGCAUGAACCUGGCCGGAGGCUUGGGUCCCAUCAUCGCCACCGUGAUGGCCCAGAGCUACAGUUGGAGGACCACCCUGUCCGCGUCUGGCGUUGUCUGUGUGGUCGUGGCCGUGGUCUGCUUGCUGGUCAUCAAGAACGAGCCUAAUGAUGUGGGCUUGCCCAACAUCGAGCCUGGAACUAAGAAAGGCAAAGGUGGUGCCCCCAGUGACGAGAGCACUUUGAAGGAGUUCCUUCUCUCCCCCUACCUGUGGGUACUGUCCUUUGGCUACCUGGUGGUGUUCGGCGUAAAGACAGCCUGCACUGACUGGGGGCAGCUCUUCCUCAUCCAGGACAAGGGCCAGUCCACGCUUAUGGGCAGUUCUUACAUGAGUGCCCUGGAAGUGGGGGGUUUACUGGGAAGCAUCGCCGCUGGGUUCCUGUCGGACCGGGCCGUGGCUCGGCAAGGCCUGAGCAGCUAUGGUAACCCCCGGCACGGCCUCCUGCUCUCCAUGAUGUCUGGAAUGUUUGUGUCCAUGUAUCUCUUCCGGGUCACCGUCUCCCCGGAUAGUGCCAAGGAACCUGCUUCAUGGGUGGUGGCUCUUCGCCCUCUUUCCGUCCUCUCUGGUUUAUCGGAACAAGAGAUCUGGAUUCUGACCCUGGGAGCAGUGUUUGGAUUUUCUUCAUAUGGACCAAUAGCAUUGUUUGGUGUAAUAGCCAAUGAGAGUGCUCCUUCAAACUACUGCGGGACGUCACAUGCUAUUGUGGCUUUGAUGGCCAAUGUUGGCGGGUUCCUAUCAGGGCUGCCGUUCAGCACCAUUGCCAAGCAUUACAGCUGGAACACGGCAUUCUGGGUAGCUGAAGUAACUUGUGCCGCGACGACCAUUGGCUUCUUCCUGUUACGCAACAUCCGCACCAAGAUGGGCCGUGUGCCUAAGAAGCACGACUAGGGGGAUAGUGCGGGGAGGGGGUGGGGGGUGGCUGAGUCUGUCACUCACCCCCCUUUGGCUAUUUCGCUGAAAUUCUCAUGUUCAGUGCUGUCAUCAAAGGGUAUUUGCACUUUUUACCUUUCAUCCUGACACUCGUUUUCCCUCAGCAGUGCAUUUCCUUCAAAAUCUACAAAAUGACAAAAUAGGAGCCAUAUUAAAUUUUAAAGUAUUAAGUAAGAAAACCUUUUCAUACCGCUGCUCUUAUUUUAAGGAAUAAGCUCUGAAUUUUUUUUUUUUUCUUGUAGGAGAAAUAUACAACUUGUAUAAAGAUUACCAUGGUGUAACAAUUAGAUUUCAUUGGUGAAAAUGGUAAUUUUAGAAAUCAUAAAAUUUGUAAUUAUAUUUAAAUAUAUGGUAUUUGGGGGGGGGGGGGUUGAAUACUGUCUAGUUUAUAGCUAAUCAAAGCACAGUCAUUAGUAUGUUAUAUAUAGUACAUCUUGAUGGUCUCAGAGAUGCUUGAAUCGCUAAUUUAUGAUACAUCUGAAUUUCGCAGUGUCAUAUCGACCUCUGUGUGCACCAUCAGGCGUGUGCAGUGUUAAACUAGGAAAAAAUAUGUACAUUUGAGACCAAUUGUGCCGUUCAUGCUUCUAAUCAAAUUAUUUAGUUUGUGCUUGAUUUUAAUGUACAUACACUCUGUGUGUCAGGUCCUGAACACAUGAUGCUAUUUUCUAAAUGACUGGUGCUUCCGAGUCGGAUGAGUUUGUUGUAAGUUUGAAGCCAGACCUACGCUGUACAACCCUGUGUUGUGUUACAUCGGCGUUACUGUAUCUUUUUUGUGUAGAUUCACCACUAUCAACUGGCGGCCAGUACGACUGUGGGUUUUCCGUCCACUGAGUGGAAAUGGUAGUUAUAGGGUGUGCCAUUUUAUUUUAGUGGCCAAAUGCUACCCGUCAUACCACUGAGUAAUGCUCUGUGGAUGACCUAAAUUUUGUAUUUUGAAUCGGCCUUUAUUGUAAUGAAAUGUUUUAUUUCGGUAUUUUCCUUUAGGAAUCAAGCACAGAUAGUUUGAAAAGGUCUGAAGGUGAUUUAAGAUGUCACAACUGGGUCGAGUGUUCCAUUGCUCAUGUAAUUUUUGUAGUGAUUGUAUUAAAUGAUGUAAUUUUGGAAAUUC